CGCGGGAACUGAAACAGGAUUGGCCAGUGGAUUCUACGGUCUAUCUGAGGGACAUGACCUGGGACCAGGAUGAGUGUGUGUAUACAUAUAGCUGUCGCUGUGGAGGAGGAUUCAGCGUCUCAGAGGAGGAGGUGGAGGAGGAGACACAGAGAAGGCAGCAGGAUUAUGAAGAGGAAGAUGAGCACAGAGGAGUGAUUGUUUGCUGUGAUACCUGUUCCCUCAGUGUGUACGUCACAUGGUCAUUACACACAACCAGUCAAAUGUUAAAAUGCCAGUAAUAAUUAUUUGGAAACCUUUAACUGUAGCUCUUUAAUGGAGGCAGGUGUCUGAGACUCAAAAUGUGAGCACAAGAAUCUUGAACUGGAUUCUGAAUUUGAUGGGAGGCCAGAGUAAAGAAGUCAGUGUUCCAUGAGACCUUUUGGAGGAACUGGUCAGAAGCUUGGCAGCUGUAUUUUGGACCACAGUUCAGGGAUGUGUUGCUGAGGCAGGUGAAGAGGGGAUUGCAUUAGUGGGUGGAAAUAAACAUGAAUAAUCAACUCCAUCUCAGCUAGGGACACAAUGGGCCUGAGUUUAGCAAUGUUCCUCAGCUGCUAGAAACAGGAGCCAACCAAAUGAUGAACAUGCUGAUGAACAAGACUCGAAGGCUGCUCUACAGAACGUUCUCUCAGCAUCUCCAUCACUUCUGUUUAGGUGCCCACAUAGCACAGCACCAAUAAAAGGGCUGACGGAGAGCAGACUGUGUGUGUAUGGAACAGUUUGUAUGUUGAAUGUGAAGGUGAAUGUUGCUUAGCCAUCCUUCCCUGUGUAAACAGUGGUUUAUCAGCAGUGGUACCACACCUCUUACCGGAGACCUGUUCUUUAGCUAUGGGCUGAUUAAUCCAAUGAUCCAGUUCAUUCUCAUCCAUCUUAAAUGAUGUUUUAUUAAAUCAGUGUUUCUCAAAUGAGGCUACAUGUACCCCCACGGCAGCGGUUCCCAACUAGUGGACCCCCACUAGGGUUUGCCAAAGCUUUGGGGGGUUGCAAGGCCUUGUUGAUUUUAAGGGUUUUUAUUGCCUUCAUGAUAGUGAAAGCUGAAGACAGAUGUGAAAGGGGGGCAGAGAGAGGGAAUGACACGCAGCAGAGAGCCGCAGGUCGGAUUCGAACCCUGGGCCGCUGCAGCAAGGAUACUAUAGCCUAAUAAAACAAUGGCCAAACAUCAGGGAGAAGAAAACCCUGGUUUUAUCAAGAAAGAACCUUAUUAAGUAGUGAUAGACAGAUACGGAUUUUUUAGGGCCGAUGC